UAAUAUAUAUUUCGAUGCACUUUGGCCCGAGUUGCACAUUUGCGGAAAUUUCGAGCCAUGAGAGACGACAAGCAACGAUUCCAGUUCCAGCUGCAAGCAGUGGCAACAGUUUUCUUGUUGGUUUCACAGCUCUGCUUUGCCCUGCCCUUUGCAUCCUCGGGAAACGAUAUAGAGAGCGAUGGGAACAUUCAAAAUUCUGGCAGUGGGCGACCUGUGGAUUAUCACACGGUGGUGGGCCAUUUCAAGGACUUUUUCAUGUACCUGCCUGUGAUGAUGACCACGCUGAAGGAAACGAUGUCAGGAUUCCCCAAGUUCGCCGAGGGCAUGCGCAUCCUGACUUCUGGCAAAGGACGGGUGGACGGCGAGGAUUGUAAGUGCAGCCAAAAUGGACUGGGUAGCGCGGAACUCUUGGACACCAGUUCCCGAUUUGGUUGACCCAGUCUGAUGAACCUAAUUACCCACGAUCGCAGAUACUGUACAUAUUCAUGGCCAAUAAAAAAAAAGAACCGCAAGAAAUUGAAGUUCCCCUGA